AUGCUAGGCUUCGGACAUCUCGACUUCCGUGGGACGUUCAACAAGCGGUUAACCACAGCCGUCUUGUUGAUCACCAUCUCACAGUUCAAUUUUGGUUUCGACCAGCAAGGUUUCGCCGCCACCCAGGCCAUGACUGCUUUUGACAAACAGUUUGGUCAUUGGGACAAGGCGAAGCAAGACUACGUGUUAGAUACCGUCUGGCUGUCUUUUUUCAACGGAUUCAUCUACCUUGGCCAAGCCGCCGGCGUUCUGGCUGGUAGCUGGAUUAGCAAGCGAUAUGGAAGGAGAAUGUGCAUGUUUACCAUGAGCAUCUGGGCGUUGGUCGCGGCCACUAUUGUUAUCACUUCCCGCACGCCAACCCAAAUCCUGGUGGCUCGUGUUCUCAAUUAUAUAUACAUCGGUAUGGAACUGGCAGUAGUACCGGUCUUCCAAUCCGAAAUCACCCCCAAGCACGCUCGAGGCUUCGUUGUCGGUACCUACCAGAUCAGUUUAUUCAUUGGUGGACUGACCAUGAACUGCAUCGCUCGCGGGACUAGCACCUUAUCUGGUCGCCAGGCAUAUAUGAUUCCGUAUGGUUUGUUCUACGUGGUCCCGGCUUUCAUUAUCUGUAGUAUAUGGUUUAUUCCCGAGUCCCCGAGAUGGCUCGUCCUCAAGGAUCGAAAAGAAGACGCCCUCGCCUCUUUACAGCAGCUCCGAGCCGGCAAGUACACCGAGGAACAAAUCGAAGAAGAGUACCGGGGUAUCGUGGUGGCCGUUGAGCAAGAGUACCAGACAAAGAGUGGUUCCUUCUUGGACAUAUUUAAGCCGAAGCAUCGCACGCGUACCAUGGUCGUGACAGGCGCCAACUUCUUCCUGCAGUCCACUGGACAGAUUUUUACGUCUAUCUACGGCGCUCUUUUUGUCAAGUCGCUUGGAACGAUCAAUCCAUUUACUGUUACGGUGGUAAUUGCAGUUGUCAACAGUUGUACGUCGCUGCUGGCCAUGGUUUUGACGGACAAACUGGGUCGAAGAUUCCAAGUGCUUUUGGGCGCCUCCAUCCAGGUGUCCGCUUUGAUGACCAUGGGUGGCCUCGGUACUGUCAGCGACCCAUCUAACCAGAUUAAAUCCGGCAUCGUCUCUAUGAUGGUGGUGUUCACUUUUGGAUAUGCUCUGGGAUGGGCCCCGACGGCGCAUAUUCUCAGCGCAGAGAUUCCAGCGUUGACUGUUAGAGAUAUGACCUACCGAUCUGCCUCGGUUCUCAAUAUCGCUACACAAUUUAUCGUGUCGUUCUCCCUUCCGUACCUACUCAACAAGCCAUAUGCAGCGCUUGGAUCCCGUGUUGGAUUCAUCUUUGGUUCAAUUUCCGUCUGCUCUAUUCUUUUCGCCUACUUCUGUGUUCCGGACGUUUCUGGACGCUCUCUAGAGGAAAUUGACCAUCUUUUUGCGUCCGGGUUGUCGCUGAGAAAGUUCAAGGGAGCUACAGUGGAAGCUGAGCACGAACCGCGAGACGGCAAGGACAUUGAAACUGAUGUGGUUGAUGUUGGAAUUAGCAGCAAGUAG